AUGGCAGACCUCGCCAGUCUGGUUCAUCUCUACUGGAACGUCCGAGUGCGCCUAUCCAUCGACGACGUCCUUCUCGUCUGCGGAGCACGGUUCGUCAUCCCGCACAGCCUACGACGUGAAGUGCUCGAACGUCUUCAUGACAGUCACCAAGGCGUCGACAGGACAAAGCUGCGCACCAGACAUUCGGUGUACUGGCCUAACAUCGACCAGGACGUCCACAAAUUCGUGACAUCAUGUCGCCACUGCCAUGAGAGACUGCCCAGCCUGCAGAGGGAGCCACUCAUGACCGACCCCAAGCCGACGACAGUCUUUCAGUCCGUGUCGGCGGACUUCUUCCACCACGCAGGAAAGACGUUCCUCGUGUACGCCGACAGACUCUCCGGUUGGCCCAUCGUCGUCUCCUGCGACAGAGAAGCGACGUCUCGGAUCCUCGUCUGCUCUCUGCGCGAGCUUUUCUCCUCCACAGGCGUGCCAAACGUCCUGAGAAGCGACGGAGGCCCACAGUUCACGGCGCACCACACCAGGGACUUCCUCGUGCGCUCGUGCGCAGACACGUGCUAUCAAGUCCGCACCACCCCCAGUUGA